CUUGAUGAACAAACACACUCUCACUUUUGACUUUCACACACACACAAACGAUGCAAUCGACCAAAUCAUGGAUUUAUGCUUUGUUUUACCUCACUCUCAUCACGAUUUUACUCUAUUUGAUGCAAGUUUGGAUUCUAUCCGACAAAUUAAUGGUGUCUCAUCACAGAAUCACUUCCAAGAAGCAUCCAAAUCUUCCUCUACGUUUCAAUUUCGACGGCACUUUCAAGAUCCUUCAGGUGGCUGAUAUGCAUUAUGGAACUGGAUUGACUCGGUGUAGAGAUGUUUUGAGCUCUGAGUUUCAAUGGUGUUCCGAUCUUAACACGACGCUGUUUUUGAAACGAAUGAUUGAUGCCGAGAAGCCUGAUUUUAUUGCUUUUACAGGGGAUAACAUAUUCGGGUCAAGUACUGAUGAUGCUGCAGAGUCAUUGUUCAAAGCUUUUGGCCCAGCCAUGGAUUCCAGACUCCCUUGGGCAGCAGUUUUGGGUAAUCAUGACCAGGAGUCCACUAUGACUCGUGAAGAACUAAUGUCAUUCAUCUCCCUUAUGGAUUAUUCACUUUCACAACCCAACCCAUCCACUGAAGAUACCUCUGAUCCUGCCAAACAACAAGUUAUAACAGACAUUGAUGGCUUUGGAAAUUAUGAUCUCAGAGUAUGGGGUGCACCAGGAUCUUACUUAGCCAAUCAAACCAUCCUCAAUCUCUUCUUUCUAGACAGUGGUGACAGAGCUGUCGUCAAUGGGGUUCGAACUUAUGGAUGGAUCAAGGAGUCUCAACUUAGUUGGCUUCGUGAUGUUUCUAAGGGCCAUAAGCAGGAAAACCAUCAAUCGGAAGACAUUCCCAUGGUACCAACACCACCUCCAGCACUAGCAUUCUUCCAUAUCCCAAUCCCAGAAAUUCGUUAUGGGCCUUUCAUGGAAAUCUUUGGGGAGUACCAUGAAAACGUAGCCUGUUCGGUGGUGAACUCUGGAGUCUUGCAGACAUUUGUGUCAAUGGGAGAUGUGAAAGCUGUCUUCAUAGGCCAUGAUCACCUCAAUGAUUUCUGUGGGAAUUUAGAUGGUAUAUGGUUUUGUUAUGGUGGUGGUUUCGGAUAUCAUGGUUACGGUAAGGCCGGGUUGUCGAGAAGAGCUAGAGUUAUACUUGCAGAACUUAAAAAGGGGAAGAAUGAAUGGAUGGGAGUCGAAACUAUUAAGACAUGGAAGCGAAUUGAUGACAAGAAAUUGACAAAAAUUGAUGAGCAAAUCCUAUGGACAUCAAGUUGAUUCUUGUUGCAGCAACUGUUUCUGCAGGAUCUUCAUCUUGUCAAGAACUUUGCUGUGGGUGUGGUGAAAUAUGCUACGGCCAACCCUUUUGACACCCGUAAUCAUGGUAAAAAUUCCAUUCUGCGUUAUAUGAACAUCGCCUCUAUGCGUGUCAUUCUUACGUGUUUCUAUAAUGACACACUUGCACAAACGUUUUACGUGCAUCACGCGUCUACCCGUUAUUCGAAUUUUAUCUCAUGUCUGUUAAUAAUCAUUACAAGUUACUGAUAGUAUUGAUUUUGAUAUACAAGUUUCUUCCAUUUUUGUUCAA